AUGGAGAAUUGCGUACUCCUGCCACAGAACCAUCAACUCCUAAGUUCCAUGACCAUUCUGCGCAGUCAAAACACAGAGGGCAAAGACUUUAUCGAUGCAUUUGCCAAGGUGGCUGCACAGCUCAUGGCCAGAGUCGAAUGUCAACAAGUGACGACCCCGACGGGAGGCACGUACCAGGGCGUGCGACAAGCAAAGCAAGUCUGUGGCAUCAGCAUCCUGAGGGCAGGGGCCAGCCUGGAAGAUGCGCUGAGAACGGCUUACAACGGCCCUUUGAGCUUCGGAAAGCUCUUAAUCCAACGAGACGAGAAAACGAGCCUCCCAGUGCAUCUGUACACUAAAUUUCCUACGUCGAUUUCGAACGCUUACGUACUGAUUCUCGAGCCAAUGCUUGCGACCGGAGGCUCAGUGAGUAAAGCAAUCGAGCUGGUCCUUGAACAGCGUGUGCCGGAGGAACGGAUCAUUGUCGUCAAUCUGAUAGCCUCGGCGAGCGCGGUCAGCCUGGUCUCUGAACGAUUUCCGAAGUUGAUGUUAGUGACAGCGGCUGUUGACAAGGAUUUGAAUUCAAAAAGGUACAUCGAUCCAGGACUUGGCGAUUUCGGGGAUCGAUUUUACGGUACAUGA